GGGCCUUCGGUUGCAACAUCUCUAGCCGAGACAUUGACCUGAGCAAAUCUUAUCUACCUCUCCCACUCCCCACACCGCCUUUCACGCUUGAAUCAUCAGCAUCCUUUUUGGGCAACAGCAGCGGCGCGGAUCGACAUCAUCGAUCGAACCAUCGAGGUGGAGUGGCCGGAGUGGUAGCUAGCGAGGCGGCGGCCGGCAUGAAGGUGCAGUGCGACGUGUGCGCGGCCGAGGCGGCCUCCGUCUUCUGCUGCGCCGACGAGGCCGCGCUGUGCGACGCGUGCGACCGCCGCGUCCACCGCGCCAACAAGCUCGCUGGGAAGCACCGUCGCUUCUCCCUCCUCCACCCGACGUCCUCGACCGCGCAGACGAAGCCGCCGCUCUGCGACAUCUGCCAGGUACCUAUUGGCCGUUUCCGCUGUUGCUUGCUUCUGAAACCGAUCGAUGGUGGACGUGGUGCUAAUAACGGAGUGUGGCCGUGGACUUGCGUGCAGGAGCGGAGGGGGUUCUUGUUCUGCAAGGAGGACAGGGCGAUCCUGUGCCGGGAGUGCGACGUGCCGGUGCACACCGCGAGCGAGAUGACGCGGCGGCACAGCCGGUUCCUGCUCACCGGCGUGCGCCUCUCGUCGGCGCCGGUGGACUCCCCCGCCGCGUCAGAAGAGGAGGAUCAGGAGGAGGAGAACAGCGGCAGCCCCUGCAACGCCGACUCCUGCAGCGGCGCCGGCGCCACCGCCACGGCGAGCGCGAGCGACGGGAGCAGCAUCUCCGAGUACCUGACCAAGACGCUGCCCGGGUGGCACGUCGAGGACUUCCUCGUCGACGACGCGUCCGCCGGCGCCCUCGGCGCCUGCUCCGACGACGCCCUCUAUGACUAUCAGCAGGGAGAGCAAGGGCAGAUCGGCGGGUUGCUGCAGGAUGCUUACACGCCGUGGACGGGGCGGGAGCAGCUGCUCGCCGACGUCGUCGUCACCGCCGACGAGCGGGCCAGCCGGGAGCGGUGGGUGCCGCAGAUGCACGCGGAGUUCGCCGGCAGCAAGCGGCCCCCCGAGCGUCGCCUCCCUGCCCGUACUGGUGAAACUGAAAAGCUCGCCGUCUUUUCAGCAAGAUGAUGAUGAUCUGUACUAGACUACUACCUCUACAAGUUAGGAACGAUGGAGGGGGAAAAAACCGAAACGGACCGUUGCUUCUCUGGUGGAUGAAUUGUGUCGAUCUCGAUCGAGCUCUUGCAAAUUGUUCGCUUCCUCAA